AUGACUUCAGUCGCGUCAAACUCCUCCAUCGCUUCCGCCCCUUCGUCCACACAGCUCCUUUGUCCUCUCCUGGACACCAUGCGAAAUCACACCCGCAGCAAUGACACAGGGGUCAACAUGGUCGUGGUAUGUGUUCACGGCGUGGUCUCCUGCCUGGGUAUUCUGGAAAACGCUCUCGUGCUUUGGGCGUUGGGUUUCAGGCUCCGACGCAAGACCGUUGCAUCCGUGUGGGUCCUGAACCUGGCGCUGUCGGACUUCCUGGCCACCCUUACCCUCCCGCUUUUCACGCACUACCUGAAAGUGGGCCACACCUGGGAGUUAGGCCAGCCCCUUUGUUCCGUCCAAUCAUCUAUCUUCUUCCUCAACAUGUUUGUUUCUGCCUUUCUGUUAGCAGCCAUAUCCAUCGACCGCUGCCUCCUGGUGGCCUGGCCGGUGUGGAGUCAGAAUCAUCGUUCGGUGGCGGGAGCCUGGAAGAUAUGUGGGCUGGGUUGGUUAUGGGCAGCAGCUAACACCUUUCCGUACUUCCUCUUCCGCUCGGUGACGAUGAGGAAGGACGGACGCAAGCUCUGCUAUCACAACUUCGCCCUCUACUCCUCGCAGGCCACGUUAUCCGCGAACUGCGAAGCACGACAGGCGGCCACCGCUGUUUCAAAGACUCUGCUAGCGUUUGUGAUACCGUUUCUUGUCAUUGCCGUUAGUUACGCCCACUUCGGACGUAGGUUACAAGCCCGCAGAAAGCGACGGUCGAGCAGACAGCUGAGCUUGGUUGACCGCAGCAGAAGCAUGAUCAAAUCGCCUUUCGGCUCCACCCCCUCCUCCCCGACAUCUGACAGCGCUGAGCAGCUCUCGCGUAGCUUCACCAAGAUGGUUGCCACGGUGAUAACUGCUUUUGCUCUCUGCUGGGCGCCCUACCACAUCUUCUGUCUCUUGGAGGUGGCCGCCCAUUACAGGGAAGACUACAGAGUUCUGGUAGAGGUGGCGUUACCGUUAGCGACGACCAUCGCCUUUCUCAACCCGGUGCUAAACCCAGUCAUCUAUGCCUUCAGCUGCCCACACUUCUGCACGAGGAUUCGUCAGAGUUUGGGGGCACUGUUUGAGGGGCUUGUGGAGGAGGCAGGACCUUUGACCUUCCCUAUACAUCGGUCCAACAAAUGGAGGGAUCCAAAAUCUCCGGCCUCCGUGUCUCUGCCAAGCUCACCCAACACCCCAACCCCACAACGAGUCCUGAACUGUUCGCAGGGUUCAAUUAACCUCUACAGCCUCAUAAAGAAUGAGACAGGGGAAAAACAAACAGAGCAGAAAGAGGGGAAGGUGUGA